GGUGUUUUAUAUUUCUGUUUAGAUAUUUAUGUGUCAAAGUCCUGAAUAUCUCUUGCAAAUGGAUAAUAUGAAUGGCUAAAAGUCAGUGUUUUGGAAUGCUGAGUUCUUAAUUUGUCAUCGAGUUUGUAUUUAUUAUGUUUCCUAUUACGAGGUCAAGCAAUGUAAAAGAUGUCAUCCAUGUUAAAGUUAAGAAAUACGCCGGUUAUUUCAACCCAGAAAGUAAAAGUUUUGCAGUGGAUCCACAUCUUACAACUUUUGAUGAUUUACAAAAUAUUUUAAUUCAAGCUUUUUCAUUAAAUGGACCAUUUCAUAUAACAUAUCUGUGUCGGGAUGAUGUGGGUGAAAAUGUUUAUUUAUCGAUGCUUACGGAUUGGGAUUUAGACGCUGCUUUUAUGACAUCAUCGGAUCCAUUUCUUAGACUAAAACUUGACGCAGAACCUUAUAAAGAUGGUUUGAUGUCAAAACUAUCCGACUGGGAGAAAUCUGAGUCACCAAACAACUUGCAAUCAAGUAUUGUGAAGCAUUUUAUACAACCCAUGACUAACAGUGUAAACACCAUACUCUCCCUACAAAACACACAACGUUCUUGGUCAAAUUCACUCGGUUUUGCUUUCAAUAAACUCACAGUAGGUUUGGGUUACAACCCAAAUAUCGAAGAAGAUGAAAUUUUCUUUCCCUCAAAACCCCCACUGGAUGAUGUUGAGUUUCGGACGUACUUGGAUGAAAACGGGGUCUUGGUAAAACCGGAAGAUCUUCGUCUUCGUGUUUAUCACGGAGGAGUUGCUCCUGCUCUUCGGAAGGUAGUUUGGAGGAUGUUGCUCAACAUCUUCCCCAUUCAUCUUACAGGGAAGGAGAGGAUUGAAUACAUGAAGAGGAAAACAAGUGAAUAUGAACAACUGAGAUCAAAAUGGCAAGCACAAGCUGAUCUUGAUAGAGUUAAACAAUUAUCUAACAUGGUAUGGAAGGAUGUGCUAAGGACAGACAGGACACACCCUUACUAUAGUGGAGCGGAUGACAAUCCCCACACAGUGGCAUUAAUGAACAUUCUCACAACUUAUGCUCUAACUCAUCCCAAAGUAUCUUACUGCCAAGGAAUGAGUGAUAUUGUAUCUCCCAUACUAGUUGUAAUGAACAACGAAGCACAAGCUUAUAUUUGUUUCUGUGGAGCCAUGACAAGAAUCCAGGAAAACUUCUCAAGAGAUGGGCUUACAAUGUCAACCAAGUUCAAGCACUUGGCAAUGCUUACAGCUCACUACGACAUUGAGUUCUUCAACUACCUUCAAUUACUUGGGGCUGAUACAAUGUUCUUUUGUUAUCGAUGGUUAUUACUUGAGUUGAAACGAGAAUUUAACUUUGAAGAUGCAAUAACUGUGUUAGAGGUGAUGUGGAGUUCAUUGCCUCCACAACCUCCAGAGAACGAUCUUUCUCUCCAUGAUGAACAGAUCGAUGCUCGGAGUUUCUGUGACUCCAACAUCGCUCCUGGAGGAACAAAAUCCUCCCCAGAAAGCUCCUCCUCUUCUUUUAACUCCUCCGAGAGCGUGGAUGUACCUGGAGAAUAUGUGGGAGUGAUUGAAUACUCCACAUGCCCGGAGAAUGUUCUUCGUCUUCGAAAACCUCCCAUCAGUGCUAAGACCUCUGUUGGAAGUCCUCCAAAAGCAUCAGAUUCGUUCCUAGAUGAAGAGACGAGCAAUCUCCCGCCUCCUGAAGAUCUUGGAUGCGGGAAUCCUUUCCUCCUGUUCAUAUGUCUCACUCUGCUCCUGGAGGAGCGUGAUAAAGUGAUGAGCACAGAGUGCGAGUAUGAUGAUCUCGUGAUGCAUUUUGAUCGCCUCGUACGAGGACACAGUCCACGCAAAGUCCUUUCUAAAUCAAUGAAGCUUUUUGCCGAGUAUUUACGCUCCGAAUCACGACAUGGCAUGAAAACAUGAUCCUGCAUUUGAAAUGCAAAUUACCAUAGUACUACCAUUAUGCCUUCAUCUUCAAAGUAGUGCUUCUAGCUACACAAUGUGGUGCAAUAGUAUUUAAAUUAACCAAGUAUAGAGUUAUGCACUUUCAAUCACGCAACACAUAGUCACAAACUCGUUUUUGCCGAAUCGUGUCAAAUUUUUAAGUUUUUGCACAUUUUUAGUUUGUUUAUUCGCUUUACCUUUGUCCUGCUUUGAAUAGUUACAGAUUAUUCUGUAGUUAAGUUUCUUCACUGCUUUGUAAGCAUGGUGGAACCUUGGUACGUAUGCAAGAAUGAUACAACAAAUUAUACAUCAUUACAAAUACCUACU